AUGUUUGUAUGUGUGGGUGGGUGUCGUGUGUUUUCCUCCUUCUCCCUUUAUUCAUCCAAUUAUCGCCAUCCAUUACAUUGUAUUGGCCUCAACCUCUUUUCUUUUUUUGUUGUUGUUGAUGUUGAUGUUGAUGACGAUGUUCUCUUAUUUUAUGGUGGUGACGGGUAUAUUAUUAACAUGUUUUUUUUCUUUUUUUUUUGGUUUAUGUUUUGCAGUUGUGUUCACCACACGAUUUUUACCAACAUUCCUCGAAAUUACUUGAAUUCCUCCUCUUCUUUUCUUUUUUCUCCACAAUUCAUUUUUUCCAUAUUUUAUAUCUUAUAUUGUCUUCUUGUUGUUUUUUUUUGUUUUUUUUUUGUUUUUUUUUCUGUUUUUUUUUCUUUUUCUUGUAUUCCCUCAUCUCUCACCUCUCAUAUCUCCUCUUUGCAUUAUUAUGUGGACUGGAAAUUAUUAUCAUUUUUUUUAUAA